AUGAUUGAGAGCGAGAGACUUAACUACAUACGUUUUCAACAAAAAAAUCUAAGAUCUGAUACCUAUGAAAGUCUCCGGAAAUUGAGAAAUAAUGGUCAGCAAGAUAUAUCUAAUGUUGGUACACCUCUUAUAUUGCCUUCUUCGUUUACCGGUGGAGCUAGAUAUAUGAUGCAAAACUAUUUAGAUGCGAUGGCUUUAUGUAAAUGGUUCGGUUAUCCUGAUUUUUUUAUAACCAUUACAUGCAAUCCCAAGUGGCCAGAGGUAAAACGGUUUCUUAAAGACACCACUCUGAAUCCAGAAGAUAGGCCUGAUAUCCUAUCAAGGUUACUUAAAGUGAAGAUGGAUGCAAUUUGUAAAGAUUUAAAGGAAUGUCAUAUGUUGGGAAAAGCAACAGCAAUUAUUUAUACAAUUGAGUUUCAAAAACGUGGCUUGCCUCAUGCGCAUUUGUGCUUAUUCAUGGAACCAGAAGCUAAACUUCCCACUGUUGACCAAGUUGAUCCGUUCAUAUGUGCCGAAAUUCCAAACAGAGAUGAUGACCCAGAGUUGUAUAUGCUUGUGAAGGAUUUUAUGAUUCAUGGACCGUGUGGUAAUGCUAAUAUGAACUGCCCAUGUAUGGUUGAUAAACAGUGUUCAAAAGGUUUUCCAAAAAGAUUUCAAGAUACUACGACAAUUGACGCCAAUGGUUUCCCAUUAUACAGAAGGAGAGAUGAUGGAGCAACAGUUGUCAAAAACCGGAUCGAGUUAGAUAAUAGAAGUGUUGUACCAUACAACAAAAAGUUAUUGAAAAAGUAUCAGGCACAUAUAAACGUUGAGUGGUGCAACCAAGCUGGGUCAAUUAAGUAUUUGUUUAAGUAUAUCAACAAAGGUCCUGAUAGAGCAACAGUUGUUGUUUUGCAUAGCGAUAAUCAGAAUGAACAACAUGAAAAAGAUGAGAUUAAAGAGUAUUAUGACUGUCGGUAUAUCUCAGCAUGUGAGGCAUCAUGGACGAUAUUUAGUUACGAUGUAAAUUACAGAUAUCCUUCUGUUAUCAGGCUUCCAUUCCAUCUUCCAGGUCUACAACCGGUUGUCUUUGGACCAGACGAAGACAUCAAUUCUGUUCUUAGCAGGCCAUCUGUCAAGUGUUCUACGUUUCUGUCUUGGAUGGAACGGAACAAAGACCCUGAUGACCAUUUGGCGCGUACACUAACUUAUGUUCAGUUUCCAACUUGGUAUGUAUGGAAGAUUGAAAACCGUUGUUGGCAACCUCGGAAGAAAGGUAACUCAAUUGGCAGAAUUCAUAAUGUUGCUCCCUCUCUUGGAGAAGCUUAUUUUUUAAGAAUCUUGCUCAAUAAAGUAAAAGGACCUAAGUCAUAUGACGAUAUGAAAACUGUUAAUGGUCAUGUACAUGAUACAUUUAGAGAUGCGUGUUUUGCACUUGGUCUUUUAGAUGAUGACAAAGAGUACAUCGAAGCAAUUAAAGAAGCAAACGAAACAACAACAGCUUCUUAUGUACGAAAUUUAUUUGGCAUGAUACUAUUGUCCAAUACUAUGUCCAGACCGGAGAUCGUAUGGGAAAGCAUGUGGAAAUACAUGACAGAUGAUUUCAUCUACAGAUAUAGUAAAUUACAUCGUGUUGAAGGUUUAUCAAUUCCAGACGACGAACUUAAAAAUUACGCUUUGUUGGAAAUUGAAAGUUUUUAG